CUGUCCCAUGCGGCCUGAUUCAGAUCCUGAGCCACGGCCCGGAUCUGUUUCGAGCCGGAACCGGAACCGGACCAUUGCGUUUUUCUAGGGUUUUAAUAGCUCCGCGUUUCCCUGCAUGGUUAAAUUCAAUCGCCCUUUUUCAUCUUUUCGAGUCCUUGAAUCAUCACCCUUAUUUACGCCUGCUACUAAUUCUCGUUUGCUCAAUCUGUUUUUUCUGUUUGCAGCCAUUAAUUCUACUUGGUUCUUUCAAACUCUAAUCGGUUGGUGCAUAUUCUGGUUGUGAUAAUGGCUCGGGUUUACGUGGGGAAUUUGGAUCCGAGAGUCUCGGAGAGGGAUCUGGAAGAUGAAUUCAGAAUGUAUGGUGUUCUUAGAAGUGUGUGGGUUGCACGAAGGCCACCGGGAUAUGCAUUUGUGGAGUUUGAUGAUCGCAGGGAUGCCAUGGAUGCAAUUCGUGCAUUGGAUGGAAAGAAUGGGUGGCGAGUGGAGCUUUCUCAUAAUUCCAAAGGUGGCGGUGGACGUGGUGGUGGUGGUGGUGGUGGACGUGGACGUGGCGGUGAGGACUUGAAAUGUUAUGAAUGUGGUGAACCUGGUCAUUUUGCUCGAGAGUGCCGCCUGCGCAUUGGGUCAAGAGGUUUGGGAAGUGGGCGUCGCCGAAGCCCUAGCCCACGCCGCCACAAGAGUCCAAGUUAUGGAUAUGGGCGCAGUAGGAGUCCGAGAUAUGGUUAUGGGUAUGGGCACAGGAGUUAUAGCCCCCGUGGUAGAAGAUCUCCAAGACGCGGCAGCCUAUCACCUCGCCGUGGUCACAGCUACAGCAGAUCCCCUCCAUACCGUCAUGCCCGUCGUGAUUCACCUUAUGCUAAUGGAGAUUAGGGCUGGAAGCUGAACUGAAGCAAGAGUGGAAGGACAUUGGAGGAGGCAAUAUCUGCUAUACUGUAGUUCUGAUAGGAUCUGUUGAUGUUAGUUAUGUUCAUGUCAUGACAAUGAGGUUUGUUAGAAACUUGGUUUGGAUGGCUUCAUCAAAGUGUUUCAGCCGCAAAAGCUUAGGACACUUUUGUAUCGGCUUGCUGUCUCAGCUUCUUACUGAAUCUUUGAGGUCUCUUUCACACUUUAAAUUGCAACCUUAUUGCUGUUUAUAAUGCUUAAUCUUGACUUAUUGUUGUAGUAUUAA